UCCGCGCUUCUCUAAGUCUGCGAGGCCGCGGUGGGCGCAGAGAACCGAGCGCCACAGCCAUCGAGCCCGGCCUGCCCGGGUCUAUGGGGCCACCCCUCUGCGCCGCCCGGCCGGCCCCACGCCGCGCCCGGAGCCUGCCCUGCGACCAGUUUCCCCGGCAGGUCUCCCGGAGACACCCCCAGGCCCUGAGCGGGGCUCUUGGCUCCUUUCCGUGGCGGGAGAGGCGGGCCUCGAGUCCCGCAGGCUGCCCUGAGCCCUCCUGAGCGAGCCCCCGCCGAGAUGGCGGCCUCCUAUCCCAGCAGUGGCGGCGGAAGCGAGGUCAAAUGCGGGGGAGGUCGUGGCAGCAGCGUCCCGUGGGACUUUCUGCCGGGGCUCAUGGUCAAGGCCCAGCCGGGACCCUGCCUUCAGGCGCAGCGCAAGGAAAAGUCUCGGAAUGCGGCGCGCUCGCGGCGCGGAAAGGAGAACCUGGAGUUCUUUGAGCUGGCCAAGCUGCUCCCGCUGCCUGGAGCCAUCUCGAGCCAGCUGGACAAGGCAUCCAUCGUGAGGCUGAGCGUCACCUACCUCCGCCUGCGCCGCUUCGCCGCGCUCGGGGCGCCACCCUGGGGACUGCGGGCCGCGGGACCGCCUGCCGGCCUUGCCCCAGGCCGCAGGGGCCCCAUGGCGCUGAUCUCAGAAGUCUUCGAGCAGCACCUGGGAGGACACAUCCUACAGUCCCUGGAUGGCUUUGUGUUUGCCUUGAACCAGGAAGGGAAGUUCCUCUACAUCUCAGAGACGGUCUCCAUCUAUCUGGGUCUCUCACAGGUGGAGCUGACGGGCAGCAGCGUCUUCGACUACAUCCACCCCGGGGACCACUCCGAGGUGCUGGAGCAACUAGGGCUGCGGGCCACGACCCCCGGCCCCCCCACCUCGCCUUCCGUCCCCUCCUCGUCGUCCUCCUCUUCAUCUUCCUCUUCGUUUGCGGAUACUUCUGAGAUCGAAGCCAGCCCCACCGCGGGGCCCCCCUCCAGGGUCCAGGAGCGUUCCUUCUUCAUCCGCAUGAAAUCCACCCUCACCAAGAGGGGGCUGCAUGUCAAGGCUUCAGGGUACAAGGUCAUCCAUGUCACCGGUCGCCUUCGGGCCCGUGCCCUGGGCCUUGUGGCCCUCGCCCACACGUUGCCCCCGGCCCCACUGGCUGAGCUGCCACUGCAGGGACACAUGAUCGUCUUCCGCCUCAGCCUGGGUCUCACCAUCCUUGCUUGUGAGAGCAGAGUCGGCGACCAUAUGGACCUGGGGCCCUCCGAGCUAGUGGGCCGCAGCUGCUACCAGUUUGUCCACGGACAGGAUGCAGCCAGGAUUCGCCAAAGCCACCUGGACCGUGAGAACCCCGCCCCUGCCCACCGGCACCCCAGACCCACGCACCCCAAAGCCUUGCCCCUAAAGCCCUUCUCCAGGGCCGACCGCAGGCCCUCCUGUGGGCACCUCCAGGAGCUCAACCCAGCCCGGGAAAGGCAGCCGGGGGGCGGCGGCAGGGGGGCGGCGGGGCUUUCUGACCUGCCCUUAGAAGACCAGGGGCCUGGCUGCUGGGUACCUCUCGGCCCUUCUGACUCGCUCUCUGUCGCCGUGUCCUUUUGCGCCUCUCCCCGCCCCACCUCACCCUUUCUGCUCCUGUCUCCCCCUCUCCCUCUCUCCCCAUCUCCCUGUCCGCCCGUCUUCCUCUCUCUCCCUCUCUCUUUCUGCCUGUCUCUCCCUGUCCCUGGGCUGGGCCCAGUGCUGGACAAGGGUCAGGUGAUGACUGGGUACUACCGCUGGCUGCAGCGGGCCGGGGGCUUCGUGUGGCUGCAGUCCGUGGCCACCGUGGCUGUGAGCGGGAAGAGCCCUGGGGAGCGCCACGUGCUGUGGGUCAGCCAUGUGCUCAGCCAAGCCGAGGGUGGCCAAACACCUCUGGAUGCCUUCCAGCUCCCAGCCAGGGUGGCCUGUGAGGAUGUGUCCAGCCCAGAGCCAGAGCCCCCAGAUGGGAAGACGGAGGGCCAGGGACGCACACAGCGCCUUCUGAAUCUUCCUCUUCCAGAGCCAGAGCCUUUGGUGGAAGGGAAGCUAACUGCCCCCCUGGAAAAGGACAAGGCCCCUGGGGCCAGGGGCAAACCCAUCAAAGUGGAGCCUGGCCCAGGGGAGACUAAAGACCCAGAAGACAGUGGAGAUGAGGAGCCGUCUGGCCACCCAGCCCUGCCUCGGCCUGAGUUUACUUCUGUCAUCAGGGCAGGGGUCCUGAAGCAGGACCUGGUGCGGCCUUGGGGCCUGGCCCCUCCUGGGGACCCACCGCCGUCCCUCUUCCACACAGGCUUCCUGCCCCCAGUCAUGCGGGGCCUGUGCACACCUGGCACCAUCCGCUAUGGCCCCACAGAGCUGGGCCUCAUAUACCCGCACCUGCAGAGGCUGGGCCCGGGCCCCACGCUCCCCGAGGCCUUCUAUCCACCCCUGGGCCUGCCGUACCAGGGGCCCACAGGCACCAGGGUGCAGCGGAAGGGGGACUGAGGACAGAGUGAGCUGCUUACAGAGCUGGAACCUGGGGACGGGUGGGGAACCCAAGAGGGCGGGGCUGUCAGCCCCUUCAGCUCUUCCUGGAAUAAACGCCUGCACCCCAUCUCUGGCUUGGUCUCUGGGGGUCAAGGAGCUUCUCUCUACAUUUCUUUCUCUUUCUUCCUGCCUUUGUCGCCUCCCAGGCCACCGCC